GGUGAUUUUUUUUUUCGGACAAAGAUGAAUAGUUUAGUUGAUGCAUCUAUAUUAUAUGGAGAAAUUAGCCGAGAUGACAAGUGGUCGAAACUGGAAUCGGAGAUCCCGGCCAAACUCGCCACCAAAUUCGAAAAAUCGUUAUUGGAGCAGACACGUAAUCAAGGUCUUUGAAACACGUGUCGUUUCUUUCCCUCUCUGCUCAUAAGCAAUUUUCCCUUCUGCAAUCGGCUAUAGCUGGGCACCACUGUUGUUCGGUUUCUGAUUGCAUCUCUUGAUUAGAUUUUUCUUUUGCUCGUCUCAGCUGUAAUCGUAUUAUCCAGAGAAAAGGUAGAGAGUGAAAAAUGAGUUCAUUGCUGGAUGAAGUCCGCAGAUUCGAAAAGGAGUGCUUCUUCGACCUUGGCCACCCUCUCCUCAACCGCAUCGCUGAAAGCUUUGUCAAAGCCGCUGGGGUUGGAGCAAUUCAGGCGGUUUCCCGCGAGGCUUAUUUCACUGCAAUUGAAGGUAGUGGACUUGAUUCAAAUGGUGUCCCGCCAGAGCUUUCUGCCUCUAGUGAUUCCAAGAAGCGCCACCGAUUCCCUGACCUCAAAGGAGAAACUAACAGAAAGUCUCUUGAAGCCUUGGUAAAGAGCACGGGAAAAGAAUCCUUACAGUGGGGAUUGGCUGCUGGGAUGUAUUCAGGUCUUACUUAUGGACUGAGAGAGGCCCGUGGAGCUCAUGAUUGGAAAAAUAGUGCAGUGGCUGGAGCAAUAACAGGUAUGGCAUUGGCACUUACAACAGAUGAUGUUUCCCAUGAGCAAGUAGUGCAAUGUGCGAUCACUGGAGCUGCAAUUUCCACCGCUGCAAAUCUUCUAACUGCUGGGAUAUUCUGAAGCAGGAAAUGAAUCUCAAAAUGCAGCAUGCGGCUUAAUUUCUAAUUUAAUAGAUAAAUUAUUGCCUACUGUCCUGAGCAUGACUGCUUUGAUUUCCCUCUGUUAACUGAUACUUUUAUCGUGAACCUACCGCCUUGUUUUUGGUUAACGCAAGAUGGUUUUAUUUGUAGAUGAUUCUGAAAUAAUUCUAGUUUGCUUAAUCUUAUAUCUUUUUGUUAAAAUGUUGAACUUAAUGCGGUAAACAAUCCAUCUUGAGUGAGUAUGAGCACCCUGUUUUCUCCGGCAAUAUUACUAAGGUGACAAAACACAAUAGCGUACUAUAAUCUACGGAGUCGGAUGUUUGAUCGGAAAUAAAGUUCUUAUUUAUUUAUUAGGAUUAUCCAUUUUCUUGUUUUCUAGUUUCAGUUUCAGUUGUUACUGGAUAAAAAAAAUAUAUGGAAGAAUCGAGUUAACCUAUAUAUUUGUAUCAAAAAAAGGAAAAAAUAGCAUUUCAAACCGAUCGAUCGAUCGAUUUCGGCCUUUCAUUGAAUUGGAUGAGGUCUAUGACGGUUCCCUAUUUGAUGAAUAUGGCUCCAUUUAGCAAGACUUGUUUGACAGAUUUUGUUCCAAAUUUGAUCAGCUGUAUUUGGUUUGGAUUUUCGAAACGGACUACUAUGCUGAAUAAUGGAGUUUUAUUUUCUUUCAAUCGUCUUUUUUAAUCUGUAUUGUUCCAGAAAAAUUUUAUCAUUUACUCAUCCGAACACUCUUUAUGAUUAAAAUAAUUUAAUUGCUUUUCCAAUAAACACUUUAUUUUUUAAGGGUUAUCGUAAUUGAAUUAUAAAUUUUUUGAAGAUUGAUAUAUUCUCCAUGCAUUAAAAAAAUAAUAUAUACUUCACAAAACAAAUAUGCAAAUGGAGGCUACUCUAGGAGCCCAAUAUUAUGAUUAGAUACUAUAGGCCACUGUAUAAAUAACCCGUUUUGUCCAGAAAGACUCCCUCGUUUAAAUUUUGGGCCUAGUUUUGGCCCAUGAAGAAUUAGUCCGUCACGGUUUCGCCGCGCAGAGGGGCAAAAGACGAGAAUCAAGAAUCGAAGGCCUUAUGCUCGCUGGGAAUCAAAUUUCUUGUCCUCUUACUACAAGCUAAAUUCUUGGAUUCGCCACCGGCAUAAUUACCCGAUCUUGAAUUAGUCAAGGUUUUAUUUUCCCCUAGAGGAAUUUCGUCUGCUGUUGUUAUUAAUUCUAUUCUUCUUCUUGAGAAAAUCGAAGACUCAACAGUAUACAGAACAAUUCCUGGUUAUUUGUGGAAUCACUGUAUCUACUAGUUGCUGAUAUAUGACCGAUUAAAUUAACUUAUGAAUGCAAUGUGUAAGGGACCGGCGCUAAAUUGUAGGUUGCCGUUGCUGUUUUUGGGUUGAAGAUUGUGGGUGUUAGGGUUUUACAUCAUGUCAAGUAAGAAGGAAGAGAAAGCUCAGGCUGCGGCCGAUAGGAUCAAGGCUGCAGCACUGUGCUGCAAAAGGUCUUAGUCGUGCCCAGGCUGAAAGGGCUGCAGCUGCUGCUGCCCGAAAUGUCAAUGCUUAUGGGCAGAAGGAAGAAGGGCCUAGCCGAUGGCAAGAGAAAAGGGAAGCUAAACGGCAAAUGUACUUGAUGAGUACGGAAAAACAAGUGAGAUUGGGUGAAAGAAAAGACCUCAAAGUCUACAAUGUCCACUGCUGGUGGUACUGCUCAGUGUCAGAAAUGUUUUCAAACAGGACACUGGACUUUCGAGUGCAAGAAUGAGAGAGUUUAUGUGACACGACCCUCAAGGACACAGCAGCUUAAGAACCCUAAGUUGAGGAUGAAACACUCUCUCCCUUAUGAUUUGGAUCACCCGGAUGCUAAGGAGGAGAAGGGUAAAUUAUCUAAGAAAAGCAAGAGAAGCAUAGAUCAGAUUCUGAUUCUGGCAGUGAUAGUGAGGCUUCAGUUUUCGAGAGUGAUAGUGGGUCUUCUUCCAUGACAGAAGAGCAGAAUCUUCUUCAGAGGAAGAGAGUUCAGAUUACAGCUCAUCCUCUGAUUAGGAGGAAGAGAGGAUGCGGCGAGGAAGAAGAAGCAGAUAAAGAAGGAGAGGCGUAGGAGGUAUAGCUCAACUUCGGAGUCCUCUGAUUCCGAUUCAGGUUCAGAAUCUGAUCAUGAAGAUACGAGCAGACGAAGGAAGCGGAGGCACAGCAGAAAGCGCUAAAUGAGUUGGUUAAAAGCAGACUAGAUCAGUGAAUCAUAUUAGCUUCGCAGUUUUAGGCAGUCGUCUUAUGCAGUUGGAGCUUAUCGAAUGAGGGCAAAAGUAAGUUUUAACGGAUGUGUACCUUUUUAUUCCUUUUGCUUAGGUCUUGCUUUGUGAUGUAAUACUUCUUUAAGUUCUCUUAUCCUUCUCCGUUGUAUCAAAAGAAAAUGUAGUUCUCUUAUGACGUUGGACUUAUUGUUGGUAUGAUGGUGGAUUUUCCUAUAUUAAUGAAAUUGAUUUUGCGAAGUUAAGCAGGAA